AUGUUUUUCAAGAAUAUCAGAAACGGCGACAAUGCGGAUGUUGAGGAAGGGAAAACUUCACAACAUUCUGUAACUCCAGCAUCUGUUGAAAUACCAGAUGGGGGUUACGGGUGGGUGGUUGUUUUUGCAAAUUUCCUGUUAUUUAUCAGCACGUGGGGAUCAAAUACAAGCUAUGCCAUAUAUCUUGCAGAUUACUUGAGAAAUGACACGUUUAGUGGUGCUACAAAGCUUGAUUAUGGAGCAAUCGGAGGCCUAACGUUCGGUGCAGGUGUACUGUUUGCACAUUUGAUCAAUUUCCUUAUUGGUAAGUUUGGCUUCAAACAGGUCAUGUUUGUUGGAAUGCUGGUUCAGUUUGCGGGUGUGUUCAUUGCAAGUUAUGCGACAAAAUUGUGGCAUCUUUAUCUGACCCAAGGUGUUCUUCAGGGAUUUGGCUUGGCCCUUCUUUUCAUGCCAGGCUUCACGAUUAUUCCUCAGUGGUUCAAAAGGAAGAGAGUGUUGGCAUUGGGAUUGGUAUCUUCAGGUUCAGGAAGUGGUCUCCUAUUCAAUCUGGGAAUGCAAAAGGUAUUGGAAAGGUUUGGAUACAAAUGGGCAUUGAGAACCCAAUCUUUCAUCUGCUUGUUCCUGAACAUCAUUGUGCUCAUCUUGAUGAAAUCAAGAAGUAAGCAUAUAAAACCGAGCUACAAAAUUUAUGACAAGGUAAUUUUUCAAUCCUUUGGGAUGUGGAUGGCGGCACUGUACCAGUUUUUGGCAAUACUGGGGUACAUCGCUAUCCUCUACUGUCUUUCCAGCUUCACCCAGUCUUUGGGAUAUACUCCCUUCCAAGGCUCUCUUGUCUCCUCAAUGGUUUCAUUGGGAGCUUUUUUCGGAAGACCUCUUUUUGGAUUUUUGGGCGACAAGUUUGGGCCCGUUCACAUGGGAAUCAUCAGCAGCAUGUUAUCUGCACUGUUUUCGUUAGCAUUAUGGAUUCCAGCCCGGAAUCUUGCAGCUGCAGUGGCAUUUGCACUUGUUGCAGGCGCAAUUUGUGGUACAAUUUGGGUAAUAUUUGGAGCUCUUGCCGUCAGAGUUGUUGGUAUGCAAAGAUUUCAAAUGGGCCUGGCUUUAGGAUUGGUAGUUUUGUCUACGGGGAGCAUAACAGGUCCGGUCAUAACUAUCAGCCUGACUACUGGAGGAGCCGCAAACCCCAAACAAUAUCAACACCCGGCCAUAUUUGUUGGUGUUUGCUAUUUUGUUUCUGGAAUAGUUCUUAUUGUACUGAGGGCUUGGUUGAUAGCAAGAGAUGAAAUUGCAUUAUCCGAUGGAGACUACUUGAAAGAAGGAGAGAUGGACAUACACAUCUCUGUUCCACCAUCAAAGGUCAUUGCAAACUUGAUGAGGAUCAAGGGACCAAGAAAAACAUGA